GAUACCAGUAUCUCUCUUGAGCUAUAUAUCUGUGCUUUAUGUCAAGCAGGACGGGUUUUUAACAAGAAAGAGGACCUCAUUUAUCAUGUGCUAAAACAUGGAUUCCCACUAUACUUCUGUGAGAAGUCAGGGUGCAACCGAGCAUUCCAUCGGACUGAUUUACUUGCCAGGCAUCGACACUCCAGGAGCUGUUCGGGAUAUUGCAGACAGACAUGACAAUCUUCAUUUCGCAUCUUCGGGUUCUCCCUACACCGAGAAUUUUUGGAUCAGGUUUAUGCUCGGUGCAACAGAGGCCGUCUGUUCCAACUCAUUCGACUCGUUUAACCUACCAUGGAGUGCCGUGGACCCAAUGAGCCCCGAAUUUCUACUAUCUGAUGUACAUUCCAGCCCCGACUCUCGGCUUGGUUCUUUGCGCUCCAGUCACUUGGAUCAUGACAGUACGUCAGGUCACCUGGAAAAUACAACCGAUCUGAACCCUCCUCUCAAACAGCUGUUGGAGAUGAGCGAUACAAAUUCCACCGAUGGAGCAUUGCAUCUGCCAUCAGUUUGGAAUGACUGGGACUUUGAGAGCACUUUUGUCUCGGCUCAAACAUUUGCCAAUUGUGCAAACACGCUACCUCCACCAUACCAAACCGUCGAAAUGACCGAUGCGAGUCGCGUCGGUGACUGCUUGCCCACGGCGCCUGCCUACAACACCCUGCCACAUAAGUCUGCCUCAGACAUUAGGGUUGAGGAAGUGUUGGUACCGGACCAGAUCAGCAUAGACCAGCCUGGUAAACACGGAGCUGGAGACGACCCUUCACACUCUGCGAAGCGUAUCAAAAUUGAAAAACAAUCACCCGGAGAAAGAAUAGCGUGCCCAUAUUUCAAGCGGUUUCAUGAGUCAUUUGGCUCCCGCAGAACCUGCCUUGGUCCAGGAUUUGACGGUAUGAACCGGUUAAAGGAGCAUCUGCAUCGCAAGCAUCUUAAAAAGUUCGCGUGCGACAGAUGCGGAAAGAACCUCGGGAAUAAUAAACGUCUCGACGAUCAUAUGCGAGCCCUGGAGCCUUGCUUUGCCGUGGUUGUUCAGCCAGAUCAAGGCUUCAUGUCGCAUCCGCAGUGGAAUGAGAUCCAGGCAAAUACGCGCAAGCAUGGCGUAGAGGUUGAAGACAAGUGGAGGCAGAUCUAUCUUGUUUUGUUUCCGGAUGCUAAUCCGUCAGCGAUACCAGGGCCUUUCUUUGAUGGUUUUGCAGCUUCACAGGAUAGGAAGCAUCGGGUCACAGAAAAUAGUUGAUCAUUAAAGUUAGCUUUUGAUAAGGUAUCAACUGGGCGGCUUUUGAGAGACCCUUGUCAUGAAACUAUACUAGUCGGCAACAAAAGAAGUCGGACUUGCUAGGUUCAAAAACACAACCGUAUAUGCAGCCAGAACGCCAUCGCUUCUUCAAAAAUAAUCAUCACGUCUACAUCCAGGCCACAAGACUCCCAAACGCAACCGCAACCACCAUGGACACGGCUGCAAUGGGAGUGCCUCGAGCAGCAGCCCCACCAGCAGGCGCCGACGUCGCAGCCGUCUGACCGGCGUUGGUAGCGCUACCUCCAGUGGUCGCAGCAGUUGUGGCGACACUGUUGGCAGCACUGGUCUGCGUCGUCGUGGCCGGCGAGCUAGUCCACCACGUGCUCAGCUUGCCAUUCUCUCGACAAGACUCGUACGCCGACAUGCGCGACUUUGACGACGCGAUCUGCGACGUAUCCGUCAGCAAGAUCGGCUGGUUCAGCCAAUCUGAGCAGAGCUUGUAGGCGCUCGACGCCUGACGGUCCUUGGAGAUGUAGUCCGAGAAGGUGUCCUGGUAGCUGGCGAGCGCCGUCAGCACCGACUCUGGCAUGUCCGGGUCUCCAAACGACAUGCACACGUCGGUCAUGCGGGCUGAAAUCGAACUGCGGUACUCUUGCACGGGGGUCGGGAACGGCGGUGCGGAGGUGAGCACGGCAGACCAUAGCGAAGGGCAUGCGGUUGUGGCCUGGUCCGUUUGGCGAGGUUGAAGGUUGGCUCCUGCUGCGAGGACCGGGAGGGUGAUGGCUGCGAUGGUGGAUGUCUUCAUUUUGAGGUGUUUGUGUGUUCUUCCCGAGUUUUUUUUUAUGAGUUAAAUGAGUGACUGGCGGGCUAAACGAGUGGUCCCGCUUCAAAAAGGCACAGAUAGGGCUGACACCGUGAUGGCCAUCUUGAUGCGAGGGGAUGGUCUUGGCCUGGUUAAGUAGAACAUGUGUGCCCAGCAAAUGCUUGUUCCGUCUAGGCUAUACGGGCUGACCAAACAUCAAUCUUAAUGGGCGGGUCGGGAUCCGUUAUUCCUGCAUUAAC